AAAAACGAUCGAAAACAAAGAGUUUGAGUUUGUUUUGAUUCCAAGAACCAAACAAGUUAAUUGGUAAUCAAAAACAAAGAAAAACGUUUAGCAUAUUUAAAGGGAUUCAAUAAACGAAAACUAAAUGUGAAAUUCAAUGCGGGGGGGUCGCACUUCCGAGGGUCGAUUAGAACAGCCACACCCAGACCACCUCUAAAGCUCUAACUAUACUCUACUAUACCAUCCAUUCCUUUUUCGUUUAUCAUUUAAAUUAUUUUGUAUAAUUUUUCAUUGAAUUCGAUUCUCCCACCCGCCGCGCAAACACAGGCGCUCAUUGGCAAGGAGGGACUGGAGGCCUACAACAGCCUGAUCGAGCGCAAGGGAAUGCUGGACAUCGGACCCAUUCCGGCGGCUACCCUGCUGCGGCACAUGGACACCGACGAGUUCGACCUGCAGAGUCUGCAUCAGGCCGCACGACCCAUGACCCUGCCCACGCGCGGAGCAGCCCAGCGAGUGCGCAAAAUGGAGCUGGCCACCGCCACGCUGGGCAGGCACAACGAUGAGAACUCCAACUCGCUGGACGCUUGCGAGAGUCCCAGCUACAUGAGUCACAGCACCUACAAGUUCCCAGAGGCAGCGGCGACAGCGCAGGCAGCCAAUCCGAGUCCGAAUCCCAUUCCCCUGCCGCCGCGCGAGGGCAAGAAGCAGGUGAAGACCAGCACCAAGAGGCACGUGCGAAAGUAUCCCCUGAUCAUUCCGGCCAACGGCCUGCAGCGGACGCUCAGCAAGCUGGCUGACUUUGGAGAGUCAGGCGAAGAGCCAGGCAGGAGUGCCCAGGCCUCGGGCCAGCACCAGCAUUCGCAGCCAGGCACGUCCAUCGAGGUGGUGGCCGCCGUCCGAUCAUGCAGCUUGAGGCGCCAGGUGCGCCCCUCUGAAAGGGAAUACGAGAACAUGCCGGCCGUGGGCAGCGAGCCGGCUCACACCUACCAGAACCUGGACAAGCUGCUGCCGGCCGAUGCAGCUGGUCUGACGGACACGGCAUCGCUGCAGUUCGAGUCCCUUCUGGAGGCUGACUCCGGCAAGGAGAGCGCCCUGCAGUCGCCCGAUGUCACCGAUGGCUUCUAUAACUUUUCCAUUCAAAAGGAGCAUUACAAGGGCAAGGAUACGGAGUUCGAAGCCACCCAGAUCUCCGGUCGUACCGGCCUCUAUGUUAACGACGACGAGCUGCGUAACCUGGACAUUGAGAGCGGUCGGAAGGCGACCAGCUCCAGUGCACUCGAGUCGGAGGAGGGGCAGGGGCAGCAGGAGGCGUCACCAGAUGUCGCCCUAGAGACAAGUCGUCGCGCUUCCAGUGCAGACAACGAGCUGGCAGGGAAUGCUCUGUUCAGGAAGAUAAGAGCUUCCGUCAAUCUGGCCAUGAGUCGCAAUUCCAUUGGCGAUACUGGCGGCUCUAGCAAACCCCAAACCGAGGCCGAGUACUUUGCAGCCACGGCAGCACGGCUGGCCGACUCGAACUCUGUCAGCUGCGAGGAUCUGCUGGAGUUCUCCGACAAGAAGCCGAAAGGAUGCGAGCGGGGCGUGGACUCCGACGAAGUGAGGAUAAUGGUGAAAGUCCUGGGAAAGGAUAGCACGCCCAACCGUUGCCUGGGCGCCCUGGAGUUCAUCAACUGGGACGUCCACAAGUCCAUCAAGCUGAUUAAGCUGCAGAACCUGGUCAGCGAGGCCAAUCUCAGCCUGGAAGCCUCUUUCGAGGCCCUGCUGCAGUACGAAUGGGAUCUGCACACGACGGCCCACAAACUGAAUGGCCCUAAACUAUAGACGCAUCCCAUCCAGCCUUUACUGUCCUUUCCUGUUCCAAACGAUCGCCGUGGCCUUGAUCUCGUAAUCCUUGUCGUCAAUUCAACUCGUAUUUUAAGCAUUUGUAGCGUUAAGAACGAUCUAUCCUAACUCAACCAUUGCUCGCAAUCGAUACAACAUCUCCUUCAUUAUUUUACUGCUUCGAAAGGUAUCGAUCGAAUCUCAGCAUGUACUUAUUUAUCCAUGCGCAGCCUGCGUGAAGAUCAACAUGACCCACGUCAAUAUAAAUUUAUAUAAAUAUACACACCUCUUUAUGGAUAUAUUCAGUAAA